UUUCUAUUUCGUUUGAAAAAAUUGGUUUAGAAAAAUAUCGAUCAUCAUUUAAAUAAUGAUUGUCUGUUUAUUUGACGACAAGUAAAAUAUAUCGUAUAAGAUUAUCUCCAAAAGUUGUAGGAAGAAAUUCAACUAUCGUGGUUGCGUAUUAUUAAGAAUAACGUAACAGAACUUCCAUCUGCAAUCUAUCUGAAAAUAGUUUUCAGUAGCUCAUCAUUCGACUCCAAGUUUUCAAUGAACAACAGAAGAUGAAUGUUUCGUAUGCAUACGCAUAUCUUACACAGAAUAGACCCGUUCGAACGACGUUAAUAUUUAGAAGAGAAACACCGAUUGAGUUAGACGAAUUUAUUUCAUACACUCGUUUAUGCAAACAGAUGUUAGGAUGAGAAGUAAGAAAACGAAGAAGAGAAGUGGACAAAAUGAAUGUGUCGACUUCAUUUGAUAGUGUAUGACCAAUUAGUUAUAGUCAGACAAAAGUAAACGAAUGAUAUGUGAUGAAUAGAGUGUAAGCGAGAUACAUAUAUAUAUAUAACUACGCACAAAUGACAACAAUUAAGAUUAUAAGUGAAUAAGUAAUGUCUCAUGAAGGUUAAAUCAAAUGGUCUAUUCCAAAUGUGACUUGAAUUAGCUCAUAUUGUAAAAGAAAUAGGUGAAUGACAAAAGAUUCUGUAUGUAAAAUAAGAUCACUUUCAGGAAUGCAUUGACCUUCCUUCAUUCAUACAGAGUAAAAAAAUCAAUGUGUUUUGUUCAUUUAGUGUAGGCGUCAACAACCACCUACUAUUCAAUGUACACUUUACAUCACCUACCCAUUGGUUCAACGAUAAAUAGCUAAAAUACAUCAAAACUAUAUAAACGUUUACAUUCUUGAUUGUGGUUGUUAAAUACAAUGAUGCAACUGUGGUGCCUGUGUUUCCUUGCAACCUUUGCGAUCGUGAGCAAUGUCAGUGCUUUUAACUGUACACAACAAGCAAAAGUAAUUCUUUUUAAUGUCGAUGGAUUUCGCUACGACCUCCUGGAUAUGGCUAAACAACGAAAUGUCAAUAUCUCUGCAUUCGACAAGAUUCGACAAUAUGGAGUUUACAUUCAGGGAAUCAAAAGUGUAUUUCCAACUUUGCAAUAUCCUACAAAAUAUUCGAUGUUAACUGGGUUGUACCCUGAAAGUCAUGGAAUUGUAGCAGAUCAGUUUUAUGAUCCGAUUCUUGAUGUGACAAUAAAAGCCGGAUUGUCAGAUGCUGGAAUUUAUAAUGUAGGUGGUGAACCGAUUUGGAUUACAAAUCAAUUGCACGGUUAUAAAAGUGGAGUUAUCGGAUGGUCUGGUAUUGGUGCGAAAGUCAAAAGCCUAUCACCCACAUUGCUUGAAUCUAGCUUCAAAGAACUUAAAGAAUAUUUUGACAUUUUGAUGGAUUGGUUUCAAAAUGAAAACAUCACCCUUGCUGUUGUGAAUUACGAUUACCUUGGAGAGACAAGUAAAAGUUACGGGGCAGAAGAUAAUUUCGUUUUCGAAGCGAUAAAAACCAUAAAUGUUGGGUUAGAGCACCUUCUUACAUUGAUCAACGAGAGACCGUGGCUUAGUCACUGCCUCAACUUGAUUAUAUCAAGUGGCCACGGAAUGAUAAAUGGUAAUGGAGACAAACUAAUAUAUCUCGACGAUUACUUGAAACCAAUUGAGUACACAACUACCGAUGAAGAGAUUGGGGCAGUCUAUUCACUCUGGCCAAAGUCAGGAUCUACUCCAGAAUCCCUGUAUAGCAAGUUGAAGGACAAACACCGAAACCUAAAAGUCUAUCGGAAGAAUGAAAUACCGGCACACCUUUUCUACAAGUCAAAUGUUCGAAUUGGUCCAAUCGUUCUAAUUGCUGAUUUUGGAUGGACGAUUGUGGUCGACAGGCUUUUUGUGCAAACUUCAUAAAAAUAUGGCCUCUGUCAAUAAAUUACCUGUCUCAUCAAUCAUCUUAUCGAUUGCCUUCAGUAUCUUCAUGUCUUAUCAUGGUCUAUUUUGUUCAUCAUCAUCAUCAUCUUCAAUGUGAAACUCAACUGUACAUACUUUGCCGAAAGUUGUUUACUCAGUGAGUAUUUUGUUUGAUUUCAUAUUCUCGUUGGGUACAACUAUUCAAUGAAGUGAUUCAAUUGGUCGGAAAAUAUAAAUCGUACUGUUCGUUGAUAUUCAGAUUGUAAAAUGUUUAAUUGCCAUUUAUUUUUUGAAAUAUUCUUCAUGAACGAUUUCCAAUAUCCAAUGACCUAUUCACGAGUUAAUAUAAACUGAUUGAUUUCUUAUCA